AUGGGACAAAAACAUUCAAUUAGUUUAAAUAAACAUUAUACAAUUACAGAUUUAUUAAUGGAUAAGAGGAAUGUACUAGAUAAUAGGAAAUAUGAAUGUUCAAUUUGUCUUGAGUUAUUAUACAAUAAACAGGUUUUUCAAUGUCGUGAAGGUCAUUAUAGUUGGACGGAUGCAAUCACCACCUCAUCAAAAUGUCCAGUGUGUAGAGUAACAGUAAAAUCUAUUGAAGAAUUAUCAAGAAAUAGAUUUGUAGAGGAAGAGUUUGCAGAGUUACAAGUAGUUUGUCCAUUUUUAUUUUCAAAUAUAUUAGAUAUUACAAAUAUUGACGAAAGAGUUUUGGAAUCUGAUGAAAAAAAUGGUUGUAAAAAGAUAAUGAAAGCAGGUGAACUCGAAGAACAUCUCAAGAAAUGCGAACACAGAUAUGUUAAUUGUUUAAAUUCAGAUUGCCCGGUACCAGUUAGAUCAAAUGAAACAAAACAACAUGCAGAGCAUUGUGAUUACUCACCUUUAGAAUGUAUAUAUUGCUCAAAUAAAUUUACUACUGGAUCAAUUGAAAAGCAUUAUUUAGAGUGUCAAAAUAUAGUUUUAAGCUGCGAACAGUGUUGUACUAAAUUAAAAAGAAGCGAACUCUCUAAUCAUAUCGAUAAUGAAUGCCCAAAUAGUAUAGUUUUCUGUAAAUAUAAAAGUACUGGUUGUUUAGGUCAAUUUAAAAGAACCAACGAAGCUACCCAUCUUAACGAAAUUAACCAUACUGUUUUUAUGACCAAAUAUAUCUGUGGUUUAGAAAAAAAAUUAGAAGAAUCAAAUGUAAAGAAUGAAGAAAUUUUAAAAACACUUUCAAGUAUGCUAGAACAACUUAAACAUAAUAAUUCAUUAUUAAAAAAAGAAUAA